AUGCACAGCUGCGUCGUAUGGACAGGCACAAAGUACAGCAUGAAAACCACUUCGCUUUCUACGUUUGCCGUACUGGCCAGCCUCGCGGCUGCGAAUUUUGAGUUCCGAAGCCGCCCGGAGUUUGCUAUUCCGCAUUUGAAUAUUACAACAACUGGAAAGCCAGGGUCUCUCGAAAGAGGCUUGCUGUUUGUCGGCCAGUACCCGGGCUUUACGACAGGCCCAGACAAUGUCGCCUUCGGCCCCAUCCAGCCGGCUGCCUACAUUUUCCAGGACGACGGCGAGCUGGUUUGGUCCGGUGUAGGUUAUCAUGCCGGCUGGGUGGCCAAUUUUGCGCCUGUGAUCUGGAAGGGCGAGCCAUACUUGCGGGCAUUCCAGGGCGCAUUGGAUCCGGUUCACGGCCGGAUGUUUGGCUUCCACUCGCUGCUGGACAAGCACUACCGGCCGGCCAAGGUGCUGCAAUCUGGCGGUCACCGCUGGGCAUCGGCACACGAGUUUAAUAUCAUCGACGAGAAGACAGCGCUGAUUGAAAUUCCCCUGCCUGUCGUGGCGUCGCUCAAACCGUGGGGCGGCGACGAAAGCCAGGUUUGGGUCCUGUCGAGCGGUUUCCAAGAAAUCGAUAUCGAAACAGGCGAGGUUGUUUUUGAAUGGCACAGCUUCGACCAUGUCGACCCGAAGCGCAGCGCGUUCCCUCUGGACACGAAAACGAAUAUUUUUGGCUCGGGCCGCUCCGAGAGCGACGCGUGGAACUACUUUCAUGUCAACAGUGUGGACAAGGACGGCGACGGCAAUUACCUAGUGUCGGCACGCAACAUGGCAAGUGUGUAUAAGUUAAACGGCACAAAUGGCCACGUCCUUUGGCAGCUGGGCGGCCUGCACGGCGGUGCAGACUUUGAAUUUGAGAACCCAGAAAACGAUGUCUUUGGUUACCAGCACCACGCCCGUUUUUGCGGCCGUUCAACGGACGGAAGCAUCGAGUACAUCUCCCUGUUUGACAACGGCGCCCAUUCGGCCGAUGUGAAGACGCACCCUACGUCGCGUGCUCGUGUUUACAAGCUCGACUACAACACCGGCAGAGCCACCGCAAUUCGCUCAUACGAGGCACCUGACGGCCUGUCUGCAUCUACACAGGGCAGUACGCAGAUUCUGCCCAACGGCCAUGUCUUUGUCAACUGGGGCCAGGCAGGCGCAAUCACCGAGUAUGCCGAGGACGGCGAGGUUCUGUUCCAUGCUUACCUGGACUCGGACCCGGCUGGUCACCUUGUGCAGAGCUACCGUGGUUUCCGGGCGAACUGGACGGGUAUUCCGGCGGAAGAGCCAGCUCUCGCUGUUUAUGUAUCGGAUUCCGCCAACAAAGAGGGCAUCGAUGCCUAUGUGUCGUGGAACGGCGACACCGAGACAAAAGUCUGGCGCUUUUAUGUGGCACUCGAUGGCCGUUUCCUGGGUGAGGUGAAGCGUUCUGGAUUUGAGACGCAUGCAUUCUUCAAGAACGUUGCUUCGGUGCCAUUCCUGGAUGGUGUUAAAAUCUAUGCGGAGGCGAUUGACGGCGACGGCAACGUUUUGCGACAGGCAAAGCCUGUAUUCGUUCAACGCAAUGUGAGGGCCAACGUAGCUCACGAGUAUCAGGCCGUGGACCAAGUCGGGCUGUGA